AUGGCGAUUCCCAAGGACUCUACUCAAGUUAUUCUUAGACAAGCACCUACAGGUUUUGUCAAUCCCAACUUUGACGAGCCAAGUUCUACGUUUGCCAUUAAACAAACGGCUAUUCCCGAAUUGCAAAAUGGUCAAUUAUUAGUCAAGACUUUGCUAAUCUCGAAUGACCCUACACAAAGGGGUUGGAUAAGAUCCAAAAAUAGCAACAAGAGGUAUUACGUUGAGCCUACUUAUGAGGGUGAGCCUAUGAGCUCAUUGGCUAUUGCAGAAGUUGUUGAGAGCAAGAGUGAAAAAUACCAAAAAGGAGAUAUUGUCAAUGGGAAGUUUUUCUGGGCUGAUUAUAUCAUUGUUGAAGAAAAAACUGUUAUUAAUGCCAUUGAUAAGAGCUUAGGGUUUCCGUUGGAGUUUUUUUUGUCUGUAUUAGGAAUGACAUCGUUGACUGCGUUAUUUGGGUUGACUGAAGCUGGAGGCUUGAAGAAGUACUUUAGUGAAAAGCCAAAAGAGUUGAUUGUGUUGGUUAGUGCAGCUUCUGGAGCAACGGGAUCUAUUGUUGUUCAAAUUGCCAAACAUUUACUAGGUGCGACCAAAGUUAUUGGUAUUUCGGGGUCUGCUGAAAAGUGCAGAUGGGUUGAAGGAUUAGGUGCCGAUUUAUGUGUCAACUACAAGGAUUCCGGGUAUCAGCAAGAGAUUACAAAGUAUUUGGGAGACAAGUUGGUCAAUGUUUAUUAUGACAAUGUUGGAGGUGAAAUAUUGAGUUUUGCCUUGACAAAGAUGGCCAAAUAUGGACGUGUUAUAUCGUGUGGUUCCAUUUCAAGCUACAACUCUAGCGAGUCGCCAAAGAUUACCAAUUGGGGAGAAAUAACUGUCAAUUCAUUAACGGUUUCUGGAUUUUUAGUAACAGAUUACAUUUCAAGGUUUCCUGAGGGAAUUGACAUUUUGUCAAAGGCGGUUAAAGAGGGGAAGAUUAAAACAGAGGGUGCAUAUCAUGUUGAGACAUUAACUGGAGAUAGUAUUGAAGAAAAAUUGGAGAAAAUACCAAAGAUUUGGAACCAAUUAUUUACUGGUGACAAGCCAAAUGGGAAAUUGAUUACCAAAGUUGCAUAA